CCCAUUUGCAUUCAUCUGAUUCUAUAAAAAACACAAGGUAAAGAAAGAAAAAUCUAUGCGAAACAACGAGGAGUACAAAUGGAGGUGGUAGAUAAAAGGUUAAGGAUAAAAGGACAUCAGAACAUGUGCAAAAACAAGAUACAUAACAAUCUAAUGGAUAGUGAUUGCCAUGAAAUAUGCAAGAAGAUGGACAUUUUGCGUUUACACAUUCAAAAUAAAACUUUCAUGAAACAUGUAAGUUUGUGAGCAGAGACAAUGUCAUACACGGAUGCUGAAGCAGCUGAACCUUUCAUCACCAGUGACGAGCUUAGGGUGAGUGCAGAAGUCAAAGCAGAGGAAACAGAGACAGAAACACUCAGUAUGGACCAUACCUCUCAGGUCUACACUUCUAGCACAGACCCACUUUCCCUAAAAACCACAAAUAACACGAGAACACAUGCACUGUCUCUGAACCGGGUGCUUGGAAUGAAUCCUGCUCUUCCUGUUUUCACUCUGCUUGACCACGAUCAGCUGGUGUUCCUCUAUGCUGCAGCUCACAACGGGAUCAUAUAUAAUCACACCUCAAAAUCCCAACACAUACUUCAGGGUCACUGCAGUCCAAUCUCCUGCAUGUCUAUGAGUGAAGACAGACGGUGGGUCGCAACUGCAGACAAAGGGUCUAGAAGCAGAGCGAUCAUUUGGGAUUCAUAUUCUGGCAUUCCAGUGAACACAUUGUUUAAGUGCCACCCUGAUGGAGGUGUUGUCGCUAUAGCAUUUUCAAGUGACACAAAGUAUUUGGCAACCCUAGGAGGAGAAGAAGAGCAGUGUGUGCGUAUUUGGGAUUGGACAAGUAAAGCCCAGAAACCUUUGUGGUUUACUGAAAUUAAUCAUAAACAUGGUUUUCAAAAGUACAUCACUUUUAACCCACACGAUAACAGCCAGCUGAUCACCAACAGUAAAAAUCGUGUGUUGCUUUACAGCACAGGGCGUGGAAGUCUACAAUGUAUUGCCCUGAAAUUAAAAAAGUCCAAGGUAGCUGGACAGUUCCUAAGUCAACCUGUGUUUCACUGGAGACAACCUCAGAUCCUUGCAGCCACUGAAUCAGGGAAUCUUGCUAUAUGGGAUGUGUUGGAAGACUUGGCUGCCAACCAGCAUCUCACUCAGGACAGAGUCAAGCUUGUUCCACUUCAGGAUGAUCCGAUAACUGUCAUCGCCCUCACUGAUGGCUAUAUUGUCACUGGUGACACUCGUGGAAAUAUCAAGUUCUUUGACGGCCAAUACCUCCUUGUCACAUGGUAUAGCAAAUUCAACCUGGAUCCCAUUGUUUCCAUUUCCUUCUCCAAUGAGUACACAGAGGGAUACUUGGUGGACUGCACCAUGGACGCAAAGCCAUUCAUUUUUAGAAAUUUUGUUGUGUCUACAGUUGGUUCCAAAAUAGUUCAUGUGGAUACACAAGAAAACAGAGCUGUGGUCCUGCUGUCUGAAGACUAUGACCCUGUACAUGCAGUAGCUUGCCACCCCAAACAGCCAGUUGUGGUCAUAGGCAGUCAUGUAGGCAUUAUAAAAGUGUGGGCUUACAAUGACAAUCAAGUGAUCAGCAGAAGAAUCUUCCAGAAUGAGAAACAGAUUCAGUGUCUGGCCUAUGAUCCUAAAGGUUUAUAUCUGGCAGUUGGUUUUCGAAGUGGCUCUGUUUAUAUACUGGACUCCAGCACUUUGCAAAAUGAUCCAGAGGAAUGUUUCCACAACACAAAGGAUAGCAUCCAUCGCAUUAGUUUCUCACCAGACUCAAAGUAUCUUGCAAUAGCGGAUGUUGGAAAGGCAGUGACAGUCUACCAACUGCAUACUGAUGAAGGCUCUAUGCCGCAUUGGACAUAUUUGGGCAGAUAUCGCUCUCACUACAAACCCAUUGUGGACCUUCUCUUUGGAGUUCACCUAGACAGCACCAAAACCAGGCUGUUAUCUUUGGGGAUGGACCACUGUCUGGUGGAGUAUGACCUGGAAAAAAGUGAAGUGAAUCAGCUCGUCAUUCUGAGCUCAGAGCGACUUGAGCAAAGGGCCGUGCCUACAUGCAUGACAUGGUAUCCUCCCCUGUCAACGGAACAGUUUCUUCUUAUUGCCACAGAGCAGUACAAAAUAAAACUGUUCAACAGUACGACCAAGAUGUGUAGGAAGACCCUACUUGGCCCAACAUAUGGCUCCCCCAUCAAGCAAGUGGUGACCCUUCCCAACUAUUUGGAAACUGUGACCAAGUCCCACUUUCUGGCAUACAUCACAGAGGACACGUUGGGUCUCCAGAUGUUGCCUCUGGAUGGGAACCCCUACAGGACCAGUAGUUUGGUCUGCCAUCCAACAGGAGUGGCUGCUUUCGCCUGCUCCUACGAUGGCCGAUAUAUUUUUACAGCCGGGGGAUCUGACUGCUCUGUCUUGGCGUGGGCGAUAAGCCUCAACAUUCUGGAGACUGCAGCCUUCAUGGGAGGAAAUGACCUUGUACCUUUUUACACUCUCUUAGAAGGAGGUAGAGAUGGCAGAUUGUACAAGGAUAUUGAGGAGUUUUUCUAUUUCUGUCAAAUCCGACAUCAAGACAUUCACACAAUCGAGAAACGAAGAGUCUCAAACAAAAUUCCUCUGUCAGAGGUUUCUUCCCUAAUGAGAGCCCUUGCUUACUUUCCUACUGAACGAGAGAUAGAUGACAUGCUAAAUGAGGUUAAGUUCAGCCAGUAUGCUGAAACAGGACAAUAUGUGACUGAUGUUGAUCUGGAAGGGUUCAUCAAACUGUAUAUCAAUCAUCGGCCAGCCUUUGGAGUCUCUAGAGAUGAGCUGGUUCAAGAUUUCCACAUGCUUGGUAGACAUGACAGCUCAGGACAGACUAUUGUGCAUAGAAAUCGGCUGAUAGAAGUCCUUCAGACUCGAGGAGAACCCAUGACAGAGGACGAGGUGGUGGAGUGUUUCACAACACUUCUAAAAGGUCCUAGUGAUGAGAAUGAAGAAGAAGAAGAAGCUUACUCUGGAGAUUCUGAAAAUUCUUUGGACGGUGUGAUCCCACGUGAAAUAUUAGUAGAGAACUUUGCAGAAUACAUCCUGGGCUUCCCAUGCCCAGAGGAGACCAGUGACAGGUCCUCAAGUCUACAGUGACCAAGGAAAUAAACAGUUUAUAAAAAGUUAUUUUUUAUUUACUUACUUUUUAAUUUGUAUUUGUUUCACAGUAAAAUAUGUAUUAUAAAUACAAUAUGAGUAGGGAAUUAAAGCCAACUUUAUUUUUUACAGUGCAUGCAAAGUACUCCUGUAAUAAUAAGUCAAAAAUAAUCAUGAUUCUACAGUAUAUACGAGGUUUUUAGUAGACUAUGUAACAGAGAU